AUGAAAAAACUCCACGCCCCAAAUCACAAGCUUUACGAACAGUACUAUGUAGAUCAAGCCAAACAAAAAGGUGGGAAUUUACCCGCAUUUCAUGGAGCUCGAUUUCAGCGAGGGUAUGGCUUAGGUUCGAUAUUUAAAGGUCUGUUCCGCUGGGCGAUGCCUCACCUGCAACAAGGUGCUAAGAUGAUUGGAAGAAAAGCUUUACAAACGGGUGUCAAUGUCGCCCAAGAUGUUCUUGAUGGAGAUAACAUUAAAAAGGCAAUCAGCAAACAGGCUAAACAAGCCCUCGGUCUACCUGCCCAGAAUUCAUUGCAGGGACAAUCUGGAGCGGGCAAAAAAGCUAUAAAAAGGAAAGCGCAAGGCUCAAAAAUAAGUUCGCCUCCCGGCAAGAAAGCAAAGACAUCUCCGCAAGCGAAGAAACCUAAAAAGGGGAACUUGACUGAAUUUUUUGACAAAGAAUAG